AUGACUACUGUCUUCAUGAGGGCGACAUUUGCCUUUAGAGUUCACUCAACUCUUAUUAGAAUUUUUCUUUUGUUGAUUGCGAGAGGAUCUCUUACCUACUCGGUUCAAAGUGAUGUUGACUGCCUCAGAUCUAUAAAAGAUUCUUUGGAAGACCAGAACGGCUACCUCACAACAUGGAACUUCGAUAACAAGACUGAAGGUUUUAUAUGUUCUUUUAUUGGAAUCGAUUGUUGGCAUCCAGACGAGAACAAGGUCUUGAAUAUAAAGCUUGGGGAUAUGGAACUUAAGGGCGAGUUUCCUCUUGGCGUUGCAGGUUGUUCAUCCUUGACAGGUUUAGAUCUUUCUAAUAACAAGAUUUAUGGAAAUAUUCCUAGGAAUAUCUCUAAGUUACUUGAAUAUGUGACAAGCCUUGAUCUCUCGUCCAACCAGUUAUCCGGAGAGAUUCCUGUCGAUCUUGCAAAUUGCACUUAUUUGAAUAUCCUUGAACUUGACAACAACCAGUUGUCAGGCGAAAUCCCUGCUCAGAUUGGUCUACUCUCUCGAAUGACAACGUUUAACGUGGCUAACAACCGAUUGACUGGCCAAGUUCCACAAUUCAGUAAUGCUACUGUUCCGCCAGAUAACUAUGGGAAUAAUGCAGGACUAUGUGGCAAACCUUUACCCCCUUGCAGAGUUUCUUCAAAGAAAACUAAUAGUGCAGCCAUUGUCGGGGCGGCUGUUGGUGGGGUGAUUUUUGCAGCUUUUGCUGUUGGCUUUGGCAUGUUCUUCUAUUUGCGUAAAGUGUCCAGAAAGAAGAAGGAAGAAGAUCCUCUGGGCAACAAAUGGGCCAAGAGUAUCAAGGAUGUCAAAGGCAUCAAGCUUUCGAUGUUUGAGAAGUCAGUUUCUAAAAUGAAAUUAGGAGAUCUCAUGAAGGCGACUAAUGACUUCAGUAAAGAGAAUAUAAUUGGGUUAGGGAGAGCUGGGACAAUGUACAAGGCAGUGCUUGAAGAUGGCACCUCCCUUAUGGUGAAGCGACUGCAGGAUACUCAAUACUCGGAGAAAGAAUUUGUGUCUGAGAUGGCUACUCUAGAUGGUGGUGAACUUAUGGAUUGGCCUUUACGGCUCAAAAUUGGGAUUCAGGCAGCGAAAGGAUUUGCAUGGCUCCACCACAGCUGUAAUCCACGUGUUAUUCACCGAAAUAUAAGUUCCAACUGCAUCUUACUAGACGUGGAUUACGAACCCAAAAUAUCCGAUUUUGGGCUUGCUCGGCUCAUGAAUCCUAUUGACACUCAUUUGAGUACUUUUGUGAAUGGUGAAUUCGGGGACUUGGGUUAUGUUGCUCCUGAAUAUGCAAGAACUCUGCUGGCCACUCCCAAAGGGGACGUCUACAGUUUUGGGGUAGUACUUCUCGAAUUAGUUACAGGCGAGAAGGCGACCUAUGUAGCUAAAGCCUCCGAAAGCUUCAAAGGAAAUCUAGUUGAGUGGAUUUCUGAGCUCUCUAGGACCUCUGACCUUCACGAUGCAAUUGAUAAGUCCUUGGUCGGGAAAGGUCAGGAUAAUGAGCUUUUUCAGUUUCUUAAGGUUGCCUGUAGUUGUGUGCUGCCUGCUCCCAAAGAAAGACCUACCAUGUUUGAAGUCUCCCAGCUUUUGAGAGCUAUUGGACAGCCAUAUAAUUUUACAGCAGAAGAUGACAUCUCGUUGCUAUCUGACAUUGGAGAUGCUGAUCAAUUGGUCGAACUUAUCGUUGCUCGCGAUGUAUAG